AUGCAUCACGUGGCGUUGCACAGUAGAGGUCGAAUUGCCAUCGACGCAGUACCGCUGAAUACCAAAGGUCUCUGGAGGGAAGGUGUGGAAAACUUUCUGACGCGGCUCGUUGACAGGUCGGUUUGUAUCAGUGGCAAAGAGCUGAUCGACGUAUGUGUUCGUUCGAUGAAGAUGGACAGCGGUCUCUCGCCCUCCGUCUUUCUGGGUUUUGUGACCUGCGAAGGAAGUAGGACGCUAUGCGCUGUGAUGGCCACCGAUCCGUGAAAAGAACCUCUUGGUGGACAAGAGAGGUACAACACUCAGCGAGAAGAACGCCGCAUUCAACAGAUGGCUCGAAGCAAAAGCACCGACCAAAUCGCUAGUUCAUUCCUGGCCAAAGUU